CAAAACCCUCAGUCGAUAUAAAGCGAGCUGGUUUUACAGGGAACAGGAAUUUUAAAAACAAUGAUAGCUUCCCAUAUUUUUCCACUGAUUGUUUUUGUUGCGGUUAUUGGCGGUAGUCUCUCGGACCCAGAAGAGUGUGGAGAAAACCAGGAAUGGAAGGAUUGCGGCGCCUACUACUGUGAAGAUACAUGUUAUGGAGUGGUGAAGCACCUGUCAUGCAGGGGUAUGAUAAAUUUUACAUGUAAACCUGGCUGUUUUUGUAAGCCAGGCUACGCAAUUACUUCAUUGAAUUACGGUGACUGCAUCACAUACGAUGAAUGUAGUAACCUUGUCUUUAUUGAUUGAAAUGUAAGUGUACUUCAGGAAUAAUAAAAAGGAAGUUUAAAAUCUAGUCUAA